GCUGCCUGAAUCUGUCUCUGGAUUGCUAUCUCGCCCCACUGUCCCUGGAUUGCUAAGGGAAACAGUUUCCUCUGCAGGCCCCCGGGACUCGGCAGCAUCAUGUCACUCGCACACACAGCUGCGGAGUACAUGCUCUCUGAUGCCCUGCUGCCUGACCGCAGGGGCUCUCGCCUCAAAGGGCUGCGCCUGGAACUGCCCCUGGACAAGAUGGUCAAGUUCGUUACCGUGGGCUUUCCCUUGCUGCUGAUGUCCCUGGCUUUCGCGCAGGAGUUCUCAUCAGGGUCUCCGAUAAGCUGCUUCUCUCCCAGCAACUUCAGCGUCAGGCAGGCUGCAUAUGUGGACAGCUCCUGCUGGGACUCACUGGCUCACCAUGAACACAACGAGGCUGGCCAGUACAAGGUGAAAUCCCUCUGGCCUCACAAGGCCCUCCCCUACUCUCUACUGGCCCUGGCUGUGGCCAUGUAUCUACCAGUGCUGCUGUGGAAAUAUGCAGCUGUCCCAUCCCUCAGCUCAGACCUGCUGUUCAUCAUCAGUGAGCUGGACAAGUCCUACAACCGCUCCAUCCGCCUGGUGCAACACAUGCUGAAGAUCCGGCAGGAAAGCUCUGACCCUUACGUCUUCUGGGAUGAGCUAGAAAAGGCCCGGAAAGAACGGUACUUUGAAUUCGCCCUGCUAGAGCGGUACCUGGCGUGCAAGCAGCGUUCCCAUUCCCUAGUGGCUGCCUACCUCCUCAGGAACUCGCUUUUACUCCUCUUCACCUCGGCCACUUACCUGUACCUUGGUCACUUCCAUUUCGAUGUCUUCUUCCAAGAAGAGUUCAGCUGCUCCAUCAAGACAGGGCUGCUACAUAAUGAAACCCAUGUGCCAGAGCUCAUCACAUGCAGGCUGACCUCCCUGUCUGUUUUCCAGAUUGUUAGUCUCUCCAGUGCAGCAGUAUAUACCAUACUGGUCCCAGUGAUAGUAUACAACCUCACACGGCUGUGUCAGUGGGACAAACGACUCCUCUCCAUCUAUGAGAUGCUCCCGGCCUUUGAUCUCCUCAGUAGAAAGAUGCUAGGAUGCCCUAUUAAUGACCUCAAUGUGAUCCUUCUUUUUCUCCGAGCUAACAUCUCUGAACUCAUCUCUUUUAGCUGGCUGAGUGUCUUAUGUGUGUUGAAGGAUACAACCACCCAGAAACACAACAUUGACACAGUGGUCGAUUUUAUGACCUUACUGGCUGGCUUAGAACCCUCAAAACCUAAACAUCUCACCCAACAUAUGUGUGAUGAGCAACCAUAGAUAAAAAAGGAACCAUGAAGACAUAAAUUUUGUAGAAAGUAACUUUCCUUCACAAGCUGUACAGAAUAAAAGACAACAAUAAUGAUGAUGAUGAUGAUGAUGAUGAUGAUGUCCACUUAAAAUUGUUAAGGUUGGAUUCAGCUGAAAUAUGCUGUAUUUAUAAGAAGAUAAAAAUCAGUGAAUGAAAAUUCAGUUUUGAAGUCUGGAAGUGAAGAGUCAAAGAACUGAAAAUUUUCAUUUAGAGCAUUCUGAGGACAGUUAUGAUGGAUAAAUUGAAGUGAAGUGCAGACGUGGAACACAGAAGGAUUCUAAAGGACAUUUAUAGAGGAAAAGUCUCACAAUAUGCACUAACUCUAGAAGUCAUGCUUAAUAAGCAGGUAGAGCAAUUUAAUAAGAGAUUAAUAAAGAU